CUGAGUGCUUCAUGGCGUUUUUAAAUUGUUGCAGCUGCCGACAGACUCACGGAGCUGUCAAAACAGUCGCGAGGAAGAUCGCGUGACUGCUGUUUGGGGGGGGCUGAAGAAAUGAGGACAAGCGAGUUUGACUCUUCAUCUGAUGAUGAGGUUGGAGAAGAGGAGCUGACUCCACUGCACAUCUCCUGGUUGCCUCUAUCCAUAGUAGGGUGCCCGCAGUUUCUUGGAAUAUGUGCACUACCAGGUUGCAAAUACAAAGAAAUCCGCAGAUGUCUGCAAAAAGAUAUUGAGGAGCUCCAGAACCAGGGGGUGCAGGAUGUGUUUGUUUUCUGCACAAGAGGAGAGCUUAGCAAAUACAGGGUUCCCUCACUGCUGGAGGUCUACCAGCAGCGUGGCUUCAGGGUUCACCACAUGCCUUUCCUAGAUGGAGACGCACCUGAGCUUAACCAGUGCUGCCAGAUCCUUGAUGAGCUGCAGAUCAGCCUCAAGAACGACAGGAGGACGGUGAUCCACUGCUACGGGGGCCUGGGACGCUCUGGAUUAAUCGCUGCCUGCCUGCUGCUUCAGCUCUCUGUCACAAUGACGCCAAACAAAGCCAUCGAAAUCCUCAGGCAGCACAGAGGAGGAGGAGCAAUACAAACAGUGAGGCAAUACAACUUCCUUCACGAGUUUCGGGAAAAGUACACAGCCUACCAAGAAAGUGAAGUUCGCUCAGAGCGCUCGGUGUCUCGGUGAUUACUGCUCCUUUCUACAGAGCUGGAAAAGUCUCAAGUUCCUCAAGCUUGCUUGUUUGCCAGUGAUGCUUUCCUGAUUGUGUGGUGGUAUGAUUAUAUUCUUGAGAAAUGCACUUUAGAAUGAACACUGUAAUAUAUGGCUUUUUAUCAUCCUCAUUAUAAUUAAAGACUUGAUGAGGAGAUACUGCUUUAUGUUAUUAGAUGGAAAAUGUUUUGUUUAUAUUGCAAAUAAAAUAAUGGUGUGUGUUAGAAGUGCUAUGUCAGCUGGGAAAUAUAUGUGUGUACUUUCCAAUUGUCUUUUUAUUUAAGGGGAAUAAAACUGCACAACAGCUUUUCAGACAUCAAGUCUGUCUCUAAA